AUGUCGAUGCGUGACUAUCCGCCUACAUGGAUCCGUCGAGAGUUAUGGCAUGAGUUGUGCGAUGUAUGGAACAGUGCUGCUUGGCGUAGGAGGUCUGAGAGUGGAAGCACCAAUCGUAACUCUAUGGUGGAUGGUUGCAAGUCCAAGCAUACUGGUGGAUCCAUUAGCAUGGGACAACAUCGCAUGAAGCUGGCGAAGGAGAACAACGGACAACAACCCACAUGGGAUAAAGUUUAUUGCAUGACACACCUCAAAGCAAGUUCAAAGUUGAGGUUGGUUUCCGGAGAGGAGUCGAGUGGGAGCCAAAAUCUAGACUUUGUUACCCCUAAGGCUCAAAAAGUAUAUGAAACGUACCACAACGCAAUGAAGGAUAAAUAUGGUGAUGACCUCACUUUGCAUCCACUUGGUGAUGUUGAAUUGUGGGAGCAGUGUGCAGGCGGGAGAAAGAAAGGUCGGAUUUUUGGGGUAGGGAUCUCAGAUCCAAGUUUCGCGGUGACCGGGACCCCAAAUUGUGGCAUGCUCGCUAUGGACUAUGCUCGAUCUCAACAAGAGAUACGGGACUUGCAAACCCGAAUCGAUGAGUCCGAAGCCCGCCAUCAACAAGAGUUGGAACAAUUUCGAAAAGAACGUGAGGAAUCCAAAGCACGUCAAGAAACUAUGGAAAAACACAAUCCACGAAAUCACCCAAAAAGAAUAUUUGUGGAAAAUCCGUGGGUAAACAAUUCUGUGGAAAAUCUGUGGGUAAACAUCCGUGGAAAAUCUGUGGGUAACAGAGCCGUGGAAAAGAUGUGGGAAAUCUUUUUGUGGAUACUCCGUGGAUCGGGCAAAGAUCGGGGAGAAGCAUCGGGCAAAGAUGGGCAAUCGAUCUCCGGAGGACUCCUCCUUGGUCCACCAGUGAUCACGAAUCAAGGGGGAGAAGAAUCGAUCGACAGAAGACAGAGAACCGGAAAACUCACCGACUUUGGAGAAUCCGACCUUUCUGCGCUUUAUGGGAUCAGAUACGGGAUCGGAGAAGUGGUGCUUCGACCCUAUUUUUCGCAAAUUACGAUCUCCCUUUAUGUUCUCAUCCUUCUCAGGGCCUGA